UAUCUCCACUACGUCUUGUCUCUUCAGAACUGGAACUGCCACAUGGCGUCAGCCCUCUACCAGCUGCAGAGCAGGAUCCACUCCUCCUUCCUGACAGUUCGUCUCCCCACCUUCAGUUACAACCACACCUUCUGCGCCCACCUGGGCCAGAGACCUUCUCCUGAAGAUGAACACGAGGAGCGCUACCUGCUGGACUCCAUCAACUGGCCGGGGCCCCCGCCUCGCUCUGCGCCGCUCAGUCUGCGCCAGACAAGCGACCCCGUCCACAGCCUGUUCACCAUCCUCCCCAGUAAUGGGAGGCGAGGGUGGCACCUGGGGGACCAGCUGGAGGCCCUCGUUCAAAUCCACGACUUUCAGGGCCGUCCGAAGCGCUACGGCGGAGACUUCAUCUUAGCCCGGCUGCACUCUCCGGAGCUUGGAGCGGGUGUAGCUGGGACGGUGGUGGACCACAGGAACGGGAUCUACUCGGCGUUGUUCCCACUGCUCUGGGUGGGACCCGCACGGGUGGAGGUAACGCUGGUCCACUCCAGCGAGGCUGUCGCCGUGCUGAAACGGCUGCGGGAGGAAAGACCCGAUCGGGUGUUUUUUAAGAGCCUGUUCCGCCUGGGCUUCCUUUCAGAAACCACAGAGUGCAACAUGUGUCUACCCUCGGACCAGCAGCCUCUGUGCAACUACACAGACCUGUACACCGGAGAGCCGUGGUACUGCUACAAGCCCAAGAUGCUGAGCUGCGACAACAGAAUUAAUCACGCCAAAGGAGGCUAUUUAAAGCACCUCCUCACCAACAAGGAGGCGCUGCUCUUCCAGAGCGGCGUUAACAUCAAAGUGGACGUGCACGCCUCAGGAACUGACAGAAUCAACGUGCUGCCACAGGAGGGGAAGGCGGACGGGGGGAGCGUCACUUUGACACCAGGCCAUUUUCAGUUUGCCCCUUCUGGGUUUUACUACGAAGACUCGUGGCGGCCGUUAGGCGGUGUUCUGAUGCGGCACUUCAACGAGUCGUUUGCCAUCGCUCAGUGUUUGAGGAACAAGGUGAUCAACAUGUACGGAGACUCGACUGUCCGUCAGUGGUUUGAGUACCUGAUCGCUGCUGUACCAGAGCUGAAAGAGUUAAAUCUACACAGCCCUAAAAACGUCGGGCCCUUCAUGGCGGUGGACAUCGCUCAUAACGUGAUCGUAAGGUACCGCUGCCACGGUCCUCCCAUCCGCUUCUCCACCGUCUUGUCCAGCGAGCUGCGCUACGUCUCCAACGAGCUGGACGGCCUCUCCGGGGGCCGCAACACCGUGGUGGUCCUCAGCGUCUGGGCGCACUUCAGCACCUUUCCCGUGGAGGUGUACAUCAGACGGCUUCGCCACAUUCGCCGAUCGGUGGUGAGACUUCUGGCCCGCGCUCCGGGGACGCUCGUGGUGAUCCGAUCGGCCAACCUGCAAGCUCUGGAUCAGGAGGUGAGCCUGUACAACAGCGACUGGUUCUCCCUGCAGCUGGACACCGUGCUGAAGGCCAUGUUCAAAGGCCUGAACGUUCUGAUGGUGGACGCCUGGGAAAUGAGCUCGGCUCACCACCUCCCCCACGCCCUCCACCCGCCUCCGUCCAUCGUCAGGAACAUGAUCGACCUGGUUUUGUCUUACAUUUGUCCGGAGAAGAAGAAGCUGUAACGUAACCACUGUCUGCAGCUGGAAAGAUGCGUUUGGAUAAAUCAGACGUCGUCGUGUGACACCGUCUCCAACAACUGUUCCCAACGCCGUCCCC